GUCAGCAUAUGAGAAGCUGGCUGCUUCCUUUCAUAGUCGCUGGAGCAGGUGCUGCAAGCUUCCUGAGAUCCAGCCAUGAUGAGCGCGCCAUUGCUUCGUUGGUAGCAGCAGUCCAGGCAGACUUGCAAUCUGACGUGCUUGCCCGAGAUGGCUUUCGAGUGGGCAGGUCAGCUGGCCCCGGCCCUGUGUUGAGCCCCGUUGAUGGAGCCUUGCCGGUCUCCCUCGCUCUGGCUCCAGCGCCGAGCCCAGCCCCUGCCCCGGGCCCCGCUCCGGGCCCUGCACCUGGACCAGCACCAGCGAUCGUGGUUGCAGCUUCUCCUACUGUGGGCAGCAUCCCCCUGAACGUGGACUCGAUGGGCCCCCCUACCGUCGACUUCAAAAAGACUGUUUGCGGUGUCGACUACUACAUGCUUGCUGGCAAAGCUGAGCUGCAAAAGUCAUUCGAGCACAAACUGAAGCAGGCGAUCAUAGCUGAGGUUGGACAAAAGUUGCAGGAGCAGGACAUUGUCGUGGAGAUUGGACCAGCUCCUGGAGCCGUUCUCACGCAGUGCAUCAUCACGGUGCCCAACGAGCUGAAUGAGCUGGCCGUGAGGCAAAAAUUGGACCAAGCCACAAUGGAGACAAACAUGGCCGCCGCCCUCAACGGCAUUACCGGUAUUGCGGAAGUCAGCACCGGUUCUGCAACGGUGCACUCCAAGCCUUCAGAGUGUGAGGAGUGCGUGUCUUUUGAAACGUUGCUCAUCCAGUUUUCGACAACACAUGCCUACGCUCCAAUGGUUGAGAAGAAGAAGGUGCAGCCGCUGGCCUUCAGUGGAGUUCAGGCUCUCAAGGUCUGA